AUGAAUAGAACUUACUUUCAGGACUUGAAGGCUCAAAUAGAGUUAAAGCAUGCUAUCUCAGCCGAGAAGGCCGAGGAAGACGUUAUUUUGUCAGAGAUGAAGUCGCUGAAGCCCUGGAUGGCAGACGAUGAUGACGAACGCGGAAACGUCGUUUCACAAACCUGCGGAUCUCUGUCUGAGGGUCUUCGGAUGGAGAAGAUGCAAUACCUUCAAGCAAAAUUGCAGGCGAAAGAAAUAAGACAGAAAGCCUACGAAGACCUAGUAAGCAGUCACUCGUCCUUCUUAUGA